AUGGCCGCCAUCCGGGCGGCCCUCCGCGGCGCCCUACGCCGGGCCCCCCUCGCCUCCCCGCUUCCCCCCCUCCCCCGCAUCCCGCCCAUCCGAUCGGCCGACCGCGCCCGCCGGAUCCCGCGCCCGGCCUGCCUCGCCUCUUCCGCAACCUCCCAGGAGGCCGACGCCCCAGGAGGAGGCCAGGGCGGCGGCCGCGCGGAUGUCGGAGGAGAGGAGGCCGGGGGGCAGGCGCCUCCGCUGCCACCGGUGGCAGCGCUGGACGUGCGCGUGGGGAGGAUAGUGGCCGUGGAGGUGCACCCGGACGCGGACAACCUGUAUGUGGAGAGCAUCGACGUGGGGGAGGAGGCACCCCGGACGAUCGUGAGUGGGCUGGUGAACUACGUGCCCAUUGAGGAACUGAAGGACCGGCGGGUCACGGUCCUGUGCAACUUGAAACCCAGGAACAUGCGGGGGGUCAAGUCCCACGGCAUGCUGCUGGCAGCCUCAGACGCCUCCCACGAGGUGGUGGAGCCGCUGGACCCCCCGGAGGGUGCGGCAGUGGGCGAGCGGGUGUGGUUCGGUGAGCCGGACCCCGAGGGCCAGGCGCCCCCCGAGCCGCCCAACAGGCUGCAGAAGAAGAAGAUCUGGGAGAAGCUGCAGCCCAAGCUGGGCACGAAUGGGGAGCGGGUGGCGACGUUCAAUGGCGCGCCGAUGAGCACGUCUGCCGGGGCUGUGACAGCGGCCACUUUGGUGAAUGCGAGCAUAUCGUGA